AUGUCCGAUACCGAAGAUAUCAUUUUUAACAAAGCUUACCGAAUAUUUGAUACUGUCCCAGGCUUUGGAACUUUCUUUUCACUUGUCAGAGCAGUAUGGUAUGGAUUUCAUGGAAAUAUCAAGGAGGCUGCUAUUUCGGCUGUUAAUGCUUUUCAGGGAUCAGUCUGUGACGCUCUAAUAUUUACUGGAAUAGAAGAACCGCUCCGCAUAAUGCUUGAGUUUGAAACCAAAAAAAUGUUAGAAAAGAAAGAACAUCCCCAUAUAAAUCAUGGUACAGAACAAUAUGUUUUUGUUGUUCAUGAUAAUGAAGAAAAUCAAUUCAAAAAGGACAUGGAACAAUGCUUUAAUGAAAUGUGCCAUAUUGGUAGUCUUCAUGGAGCAUCUUACUCAGGAAAGAUAUCAUACGAAUCAUGUAUAACUAAUAGAAUGAUUACUGUAUUUUUACCAUAUGGAUUGAAAAAUGGAGGCCCAGUUAGUGUAUAUUUACAAUAUGGAAAUCAAGACGCGUCGAGUGAUGAGAACUUUAACCAUUCGAGUCUUGGAAAUUUUAAACCUUUAAAGUUGGAUGGACAUCCAGUUCUAAAAUACGGAAUUCUUUCAUUGAAUAUGAUGAAUGUAAAAAGUGAAUUUAUUACUUCGACAAAUCUUUAUAUAGGUUUAGCAGAGAACAUUCGCUUUUUUAUUCCAGUGGAAAAUAAUAAAUUUAUGAUUCCUUAUAAAAAUCAAAGAAAUGCAAAUAUUGUUUUUAGAGACAGAAUUAAUGUGGAAAAAAUUAAUGCUAUAUUUUAUUUUGACAAUGCAAAUGGAAGAAUAGUGCAUCUUCGUACUGGAUUGGUAUUGGAAACUGAAAGUAAAGAAUCUUUAAGUUACGUUGUAUUAAAAGAUAUUGAUCAUAGCGUAAAUAAGAAUGAUUUUCAGAAAUGGGAUAUAAUAUAUUACGAUAAGGGUCAUUUUAAAAUCUACUUAAGAGCUAACCAUAAUUUAUUGCUGGACAGUGCCGAUGAAGAUAAUAAUCUCAUGUUAAAAUAUAAGCAUAAACGUGAUCUGAAUUGUCAGAAUUGGAGUCUUGAACAA